AUGGAAUACUUGCGCUGCCAUUUUGAUAAUGUAAUGAAACGUGGUGCAGGUGUGCAAGUGUCGAAUGAUAGAAUGAAAUGGGUGGAUUUUGAAGAAGCGUUUGAGGGUAGGUUGCAAAAUAGUGCUGUAAUGAAUUUAGAUUACAAGGACAUCAAUGAAUUCCUUGAUGAUGCCUUUAGUUUAUUUAAGGUUAACAUUGAAAAAGCGUUGAACCGGUUUGGUCCGUUAAAAGUGUAUACAGUAUUGUACGCGAAAUUUGUUAAAGAUUCAAUCGAUGGAAAAACGGAAGAAAUAUCUGAUUUAAAAACAUUUAUCGCAAAAACUGGUGAUAUUUUAGUUACAACAUUAUUAGAUGACUGGUACAAUGUAAAUGUUAAACAAGUAACCUUAAAAAGAAUGGAAGAAUUCCAAGAGAAAGAUUCUAAUUGGAGACUUCAUUCUAUUGAAAGGUUGGAGGUUAACAUUAACAAAUACAAUCCUAUGCGCGCAAGUUCUUAUAUCAAUUUGCCAGCUGCUAUCAAUCGAAAACAUGCCUGCAUUAAUGUCCAAAAUGCUGAUAAUCAGUGUUUUAAAUGGGCAAUAUUGUCAGCACUAUACCCAGCAGACAAACACGCCGAACGAGUUUCAAAAUACAGACCCUAUGAAGAUACACUAAAUUUUAGUGGAAUAGAAUUUCCUGUUUCUCUAAAAGACAUUUUCAAAUUUGAAUCUCUAAACAAUAUUUCAGUAAAUGUAUAUGGACUUGUCAAAAAAAGUGAGAAGUUUACAGUUUCACCUCUACAUCUUUCAUCUCAAAAGAAGGUUAAUCACAUCAAUCUUCUUCGAAUUGAAGACCACUACAUAGAUGAAAAUCUAAGUGAUGAUGAGGAGGGGGAGGAGGAAAAUGAAAUAAAUCUCAUCUCUUUUAAUUACCAUUAUGUUUGGAUAAAGGAUUUAUCAAGACUUGUUAGUUCCGAUUUAUCAAAGAAGAAAAACAAGAAAUACAUCUGUGAUCGCUUCCUCCAUUACUUUGGAAAUGAAAGUAAGCUUAGUGAGCAUGAAGAAACUUGCAGGAAGAUAAACUACACCAGAAUUAAACUACCGGAAGUGGGGAGAAAUUUUGUUGAAUUUAAAAAUUUCCAAAACAAGGAGCGUGUGCCGUUUAUCAUUUAUGCUGAUUGUGAGAGUCUUUUAGUUCCAGCAGAGAAUCCACAACUACAAGCCAACAAUACUGAGGUUUUCCAAAAUCAUAAACCGCUCAGUAUUGGCUACUACUUAAAAUGCACCUUUGAUGAUUCGUUAUCAACAUAUAAAGCAUCACCAAAGGAUGAGGAAGAUCCUUCUAAAUGGUUUUCAACUGAGUUGAAAAAUUUGUCUGAAAAUUUAGAUUUAAUGUUCAAGAAUCCUGUACCAAUGGAAACAUUAAGUCCAUACCAACUAGCAGCAUUUCGAAAUGAUAGUAAUUGUCAUAUUUGUAGAAAGAAAUUCGUGAAUGGAGAUAUAAAAGUGCAAGACCAUUGUCAUCUAACAGGGAAGUAUCGUGGACCUGCACAUCAAGAUUGUAACAUUAACUAUCACGAGUCGCAGACCAUACCAGUUGUUUUUCAUAAUCUUAGUGGCUACGACGCUCAUUUUAUUAUUGAAGCUAUUGCUACAUCAUUUGAUGGUAAUGUUAAUCUGCUUCCUAUAAAUAAGGAAAAUAAUGAAAAAAUUAAAUUGUUAACGCGUAAAGGGGUAUUCCCCUACGAGUAUAUUGACACUAGGGAAAAACUCGAUGAAACACAGUUGCCACCGAAAGAAAAAUUCUAUAGUACAUUGAAUGAUUCGAAUGUUUCUGAUGAAGAUUAUGUACAUGCGCAGAAAGUAUGGAAUGUCUUCGAAAAUUUCAGAAAUCAGUGCUUAAUUUCAUACGGUCUUGAUCCCGCACAUUAUUAUACAACGCCAGGAUUGACAUGGGAUGCCAUGCUAAAGUACACGAAUAUAAGAUUGGAACUCCUCACAGACAUUGACAUGGUAAUGUUUAUCGAACGUGGAAUAAGAGGUGGGGUGAGUCAGUGCACAAAUCGGUACGCGAAAGCAAAUAACCGUUAUGUGAAAAAUUACAAUGAGAGUGAGGAAACAUCUUAUAUCAUGUACUUUGACGCAAAUAACUUGUAUGGUUGGGCCAUGGUUCAAUCUCUACCCUAUGGCGGCUUUGAGUGGGAAGAAAAUUUUGAUAAUGAUUUCGAUUUUAAUGUUUCAGAUGAUGAUCCAAUUGGGUACAUCCUUGAAGUUGAUUUGGAUUAUCCAGAUCAACUUCAUGAUAAACAUAGUGAUUUUCCCUUUUGCCCAGAACGCUCAAAGCCGCCAGGAUCAAAAGAUCAAAAGCUCCUUACUACCCUCCUACCGAAACGAAAGCACGUUCUCCAUUAUCGUGCCUUAAAAGAAGCUAUUGACAACGUAUUUGGCAAAACAAUGGAGAACGUGCGGAAACAUGUUGAAAUUAAACUUGUGACAAAGUGGGAGGGUAGAUAUGGAGCUGAAGCCCUUAUAGCAAAACCUAAUUUCCACAGUAGGACCAUCUUUAAUGAAAAUUUAGUUGCUGUAGAACUUAGGAAAAUGGAGAUUUUUAUGAACAAACCACUUUAUGUUGGCUUGGCAGUUUUAGAUGUUUCAAAAACUUUAAUCUACGACUUCCACUAUGAUUAUAUGCUAAAAAAGUAUAAUGAAAAAAAUUUGAAAUUGUUGUAUACUGACACUGACAGCCUAAUUUAUGAAAUUAAAUGCUCUGAUGUAUAUGCAGACAUGAAAGAAGACAUUCAUAAAUUUGAUACUUCCGAUUUCCCUGUAAAUAACGUUUACGGCAUUCCGCAAGCCAACAAAAAAAUUUUAGGAAUGAUGAAGGAUGAGUGCAACGGAAAAAUUGUAACAGAGUUUGUUGGCUUGCGGAGCAAAAUGUAUAGUGUGCGAGUUGAAGAGAAAGAUUUAAUAAAAAAGGCUAAAGGUGUAAAGUACGUCGUUGUAAAGAAAAAUAUUAAUUUUGACGAUUAUGUUUAUUGUUUACAAAAUGUUGAAAUGCAACGUCGAACACAGUAUUCAAUCAGGUCAAAACUUCACAAAGUCCAAACAUUAAAACAAACAAAGAUUGCACUAAGUCCUUACGAUGACAAGAGAUAUUUGUUAUCAAACAGCACCGACACCCUUGCAUGGGGACACUUUACAUGA